GUUAAAGGGUAAAUAUAAGUAUAUUGUGAUAAUAAUGAGAGAGGGAAUAUCUAUGAUCACCGUGAUGAACGUUGAGGGAACUCUUUUCUCAUUACCUAAACUUUCAUGUAUCGACUUGUCGGAAACUCCCACCAGUCAGUCACUCGACUGCAACGUUUCCUGCAGUGAUGUGAAAUAACUGCGUGUAAGAAACCAGCAAAACUCUAGUUCACACCCUCUCAAUGCAAACCAGAGGCAUGAAAUAAGAACACAAAAGAAGAUAUUUUAAAGUAUGUCGAUAACAAACGACAUUGGCUCUCAUUGACUUCCAUUGGAAAAAUGAGAGACAGGCUGAGUGAACUGGGAUGCGUUCCAAGCAAAGUCGUCCAGACGGUCGACCCUGUCGACGAAGGAGAAAAUGUGGACGACAACGAAAUCGAACAGCACGCGAUGGUGUUUGAUGGAGAAGACAUCAUGGAGGACGCCUUUAGAGAAGCCCAGUCCAUCCAGAAGGCAAUCGCUCAGCUCAGGAUGGAGGUGAAGAGACUGGGCAAGCAAAACACUCGCUUUCUCACCUCCGUCAGACGCAUCAGCAGCAUCAAGCGCGACUCGAACACGAUUGCGCGCAGCAUCAAAACCAAAGGGGAUAACCUGUACGCCCGCAUACAGAAGAUGGACGCGCUUUGCAAGGAGCUGGAGGAAAAACACACAACCAACUCGGCUUUGGUGCGCAUGGUGCGCCACCAAUUCGUCUCCAUAACGGGCUCGUUUCACGAGGCCAUGAACGAAUACAACAACGCCGAGAUGGCGCAGAGGGACAACUGCAAGACACGCAUCCAAAGGCAGGCAGAGAUCAUGGGUAAAGAGGUCACCGGAGAUCAGAUCGAGGAGAUGAUCGAGACGGGCAAGUGGAACGUCUUCUCGGACGACUUGCUCACGGAGGGGCGAACCGCUCGCUCAGCGCUCACUGAGAUUGAGAAUCGCCGCAAGGAGCUGUUGGAGUUGGAGAGUCGUAUCCGGGACAUCCACGAGCUAUUUUUCCAGUUGGCUCUGCUGGUGGAGGAGCAAGGGCCCAUGGUGGACAACAUUGAGGCCAACGUGUGCUCCGCCGAGGACUAUGUGGUCAAAGCUAUGACCCAGAUCAAGAAGGCUGUUAAAUACAAGAAGAAAAACCCUUGUCGACAGCUCUUCUGUUGCUGCUUUCCGUGUUGCAAUAAAUGAUACCAGCGUGCAAUUUAGCAGAUGUGUUAUACCAAACAUGCAAGCUGCAUUCAUGUGAACAGCGGUACAGUGUUAACCACAAGUCACGUGAUGUACAGUGGGCUUUGCUAAAAUACCCUUGCUAACAUGAAGAACACAUUCAUCGUCCAGCGUCCGCUUGGUGACGGGCGCGCUUGAGAAAAACUUGGCGACUGUUGGUGAACCACAGGAGCUGCGAUGUAAAUGAGCUGAAGUGACAGUGCAAUCGAACGCUACGGUUUCUCACUGCGAGUGUCACAGGCUGUUUAGUCGAUGUGUUAAAGAUAUCAAAAUGAAAGCUGUAAAACACGACACUUGUUUUAUGGCCUUUUAUAGGCGUGCAGAUCUUAUUCAAAAACAUGCUUUAUUAAAUAAAUAUGGCUUGUAUUUUAAAACAAAUGUAUUAAUUUAAUAAAUGUUUUAAAUAUUCUUGACUGUCUUUGUGGGGGUCUUGUUUUUACUGGUUUGCUAGGAUUAACACAACCUUCCUCUCUGCGAUACUCGUAUGAGAUCAUUUGUGCAAUGUUUAGUAUUGCAUCAGUGUUGCUUUCCAAAGCAUGAGUUACUUCUGCAAUACAGGAUUGUGUAAAAGUGUGAAAUUGUGCUUUCAGUGCCUUCUGUUUCAACUGGAACCAAGCAUAGUUUUGAAGUAAAACCACACUUGACAUCUCGAUUGAAAAAUAGAUUUUUAUUCAUAGUUAUUUUGUAUGUUUAUUAGCAACUUCAAUUUUUCAAGUCGGAAUCAUUCAGUGCGUUGCCGUUUUUCACCGAUAGAUGUCUGGCUUUUAUUUAAAGCGAUAGUUCACCCAAACAUGAAAAUUCUGUCAUCAUUUACUCACCCUCUUGUCAUUUCAAACCUUUGUGACUUUCGUUCUUCCGCAGAACAUGAAAGAAGAUAUUUCGAAGAAAGCUGGUAACCGAAAAGCAUUGGACCUCAUUCACUUCUGUUGUAUGGACACAAAACCAAUGCAAGUGAAUGGGGUCCAGCUAACAACGUUUUUCAAAAUCUCUUUUGUGUUCUGCGGAAAAAAGAAAGUCAUACAGAUUUGAAAUGACAAAAGGGUGAGUAAAUGAUGACAGAAUGUUUAUUUUGGGUGAACUAUCACUUUAAAUGGAGACAAGGCACUAUUAUAACUUGAGUAAACUAUACAUACAAUUAAAUGUAUAUAAUAUUUUGUGUGUAAUAUAGUAAUAAGAAGAUUAUUUGUAAAGAUUGUUUUGGUUACAGCUUCACUUUCAAUAAAAAGCCCAUGUGGGGUUGUAUUACAAACUUUUGUCAUGAUAAA